GCAUAACCUCACAUGUCAAUCAGCCGGUUUAAUUGUAAAUUGUGCAACAUCAGCUGAAGCACUGCCCAUGUGUGUAUUGGCAAUGGGACAGCCAAUACAGGAAAGCAUCUACAACAGCUGGACCGGGAUAGAUUCAUGAAAAGAUACGAGUAUCAGAGACUGAGUUCAUAGGUUCACAGGCCUGAGGAGAAUGAUGGACCGAGGCGAGGAGUGGAACAUCUCUUUUGCAGGCUGUGGAUUUAGGAGCAUCUACUACGUUGGAGCUUUGAGCUGUAUCCUGGAGAGGGUCCCACAGCUGGUUCAUGGUGCAUCUAAAAUUGGCGGAGCUUCUUCUGGGUGUCUCGUAGCAGCAGCUCUGGCUGUAGGGAUUCCCAUCGAAAAGCUGUGUUUAAAUAUUUUAAUCAUGGCGAAGGAGGCCAGAAGUCACAUCCUAGGAGUUUUCCACCCAACCUUCAGUCUACUGAGAGCAGUACAGCUCAUUCUGCGGGAGAUGCUCCCAGAAGAUGCUCACCUCCGAGCUACUGGAAAGCUCUGCGUGUCCCUCACCAGACUGUCUGAUGGAGAGAAUGUCCUGGUGUCGGAGUUCACCACCAGAGAGGAACUCAUUCAGGUUCUGAUGUGCAGCAGCUUUUUCCCUGUCUACUGUGGCUUCGUCCCUCCUUCAUACCGAGGAGUUCUCUACAUGGACGGAGCCCUGAGCAACAACAUGCCCCUGUUUGAGCUCAGAAACACCAUCACCAUGGCCCCAUUCUCAGGUGAGAGCGACAUCUGUCCCAAGGAAGGGACUUUCAACUUCUUCGAGGCCAACUACGGUAACGUUAGCAUACAGGUCAACACUGGAAAUGUCCACCGAGUGUGUACAUCCUUCCUGCCUCCUAAACCGGAGAAGCUGGCUGAGAUCUGCCACAAUGGUUACAUGGAUGCUCUUCGUUUCUUGAAAGAAAGAGAUCUGCUUGGUGUGGACAGGGAUCCCCACAGUGCUCUACUGGGAGACAAACCUCCUUGUGAAUCUGUGGAAAAAUGGAGGAAAAGGAGGAAGAUGCUGAAUAGUGGAAGAAGUUCUCAAUGGGAGGAACAUCAGUGGGUUGACCACAGAGUCAUAGAAAGCCUCCCAGUGGGUAUUAAGAAGGUGCUCUGCGAGGUGUGCAGACAGAGCUAUGAUGCUGGCGGCUGGGGUUUUUCACUCACCAACAUCCUUCCUGUGAAGUUGCAGACCCUUCUCUUCCUUCCCGUAAACAUCAGCCUCCGUCUCUUUAAAAGGCUGAGGCAUGAACUACAACUCUUAAUGGUUACAGCAGGUCCAUGAAACCACACAUGCAGCAUCAAGGAUUACAGCAGCAGUGAGCUGCCAGAAGGAAACAUAAACCUUUGAUCCCAUCAAUCAACAAAAUAAUAAAAUCAAUCUCGCUCUGGAUGAUGUGCACCUUUGCUCACUCGUUGUCCCUGCAUGUGGAAAAGUGCCAUUAGACACCGCCUAUAAAAACUGCCUCUAUCUUUAAAUAUGAUUAUAAAUGUAUUUCUAGUUACAUCAGACUGUAGCCUCAUAUUUGUAAAAUCAAUAGACAGUUUUGGUUUGCUAGUGUUCGGUGUAGAUGUUUAUCCAACGAUUAGAAGAAAAUUAUUUUAUAUAGCGCCUCUCAAGAUAAAAAUCAUGAGGUGCUUCACAUAAACACAAAUAAAAAAUAAACAAAAAUGAUUAGGAAAUUAUUUCAAAAUAUAUACAUGAAAAUUUUUUAAAAUGUGAUUUUAAAAAAGUGAGGAAAGAGAAAAUGAAUAAGAAAGAGGAAAUCAGUGGAUCCCAGGAAGGGCAGAAUAGGUGAAAAAAAAUGAGAUGGUGACGAAGGUCACACCAAAGCCAGCUUGAACGGCUGAGUCUUCAGCUGCUUCUUAAAGGAGACCACUGAGUCCACUGAUCUCAGGCUCAGGGCGAGAGAGUUCCAGAGUCUGGGGGCCACAGCAGCAAAUGAUCUGUCACCUUUGGUCUUUAGCCUGGUGCUGCACAACCAGUAGGCUUUGAUCACUGGACCUCAGGGACCUGCUGGGGGUGUAGGGACUGAGAUGAUCACCAAUGUAAGAUGGUGACACGCCAAAUUGGUCCUUGUGGUAACUCUGGGAGAGUUUAGCCAGUGGUGAUGUAUUGCAUUGCUCCUUUAUUGAUUUUAUUUAAAAAAUGUAAUAUAUAUAUAUAUAUAUAUAUAUAUAUAUAUAUAUAUAUAUAUAUAUAUAUAUAGUAUGUAUCCAAAACAUUUAACUUAAAUUUUACAAACACAAACAUUUCUCAAAAUUACAUUUCAGUUAUUUAAAAUGUAUUUUUUUUAUUUUAAUUCACCUGUUGCUGUGUUCACAAAAAACUAUGGACAUAAUAUUUUUUAAAUGGUGAGCAGCAGAAACAAAUGUAUAGUUUAUUCUGAUGAUUUCUUUAAUCAUUAACUGUAUUAUUUUUAUUUUGUUUUACAAUUAUGCCUUGAAUAAAUAAGAUCAAUUUA